AUGGAGUCCAAGAAAGAUGCUGCUGUGCUCCUGCCGGCCAGCCUGCGUUCUUGCCAGCCAGCCAGCCAGCCAGCCAGCCAGUGUUCCUGCCGGCCACCCUGCGUUCCUGCCACCCAGCCUGCGAUCCUGCCAGCCAGCCUGUGUUCCUGCCAGCCAGCCAGCAUUGCUGUGAGCCAGCGUUCCUGCCAGCCAGCCAGCCAGCCAGUGUUCCUGCCAGCCAGCCUGUAUUCCCGACAGCCAGCCUGCGUUCCUCCCAGCCAGCCUGUGUUCCUGCUACCCAGCCUGCGUUCCUGCCUGCAAGCCUGCAUUCCUGACAGCCAGCCUGUUUUCCUGCCAGGCACCCAGCGUUCCUGCCUGCCAGCGUUCCUGCCAGCCAGCCAGCGAGAGUUCCUGACAGCCAGCCUGCGUUCCUGCCAGCCAGGCAGUGUUCCUGCCAGACAGCCUGCAUUGCUGGCAGCCAUCCUGCGUUCCUUUGUGCCAGCCUGCGUUCAUACCAGCCAGUCUCCCUUCCUACCACCCAGCCUGCGUUCCUGCCAGCCAGCCUGUGUUCCAGCCAGGCAGCCUGCGUUCCUACCAGCCAGCCUGUGUUCCUGCCAGCCAGCCUGUGUUCCUGGCACCCAGCCAGCGUUCCUGCCAGCCAGCCCACCAUCCAGGCAGUGUUCCUGCCAGCCACACUGCGUUCCUGCCAGCCAGCCUGUUUUCCUGCCAGCCAGCCUGUGUUCCUGCCAGCCACCCUGCGUUCCUGCCAGCCAGCCUGUGUUCCUGCCAGACAGACAGCGUUCCUGCCAGCUAGCGUUGCUGCCGGCCAGCCACCCAGCCAGCCAGUGUUCCUGCCAGCCGGCCUGUGCUCCAGCCAACCAGCCUGCGUUCCUACCAGCCAGCCUGCGUUCAUGCCAGCCUGACUGUGUUCCUGCCAUCCAGCCAACGUUCCUACCAGCCAGCCAGCAAGCAAGACAUUGUUCCUGCCAGCCAGCCUGCAUUCCUGCCAGCCAGCCAGCCCGCCAGCCAGCCAGUGUUCCUGUCAGCCAGCCUGCGUUCCUGCCAGCCAGCCUGCGUUCUUGCCAGCCAGCCUGUGUUACUGUCAGCCAGCCUGCGUUCCUGCCAGCCAGGCUGUGUUCCUGCCAGCCAGCCAGCAUUGCUGUCAGCCAGCGUUCCUGCCAGCCAGACAGCCAGCCAGUGUUCCUGCCAGCCAGCCUGUAUUCCCGACAGCCAGCCUGCGUUCCUCCCAGCCACCCUGUGUUCCUGCUACCCAGCAUGCGUUCCUGCCUGCCGGCCUGCAUUCCUGACAGCCAGCCUGUUUUCCUGCCAGGCAACCAGCGUUCCUGCCUGCCAGCGUUCCUGCCAGCCAGCCAGCGAGAGUUCCUGACAGCCAGCCUGCGUUCCUGGCAGCCAGCCUGCGUUCCUGCCAGCCAGCCUGUGUUCCAGCCAGCCAGCGUUGCUGCCAGUCAAGGGUCCUGCCAGCCAGCCAGCCAGCCAGCCAGUGUUCCUGCCAGCCAGCCUGUGUUCCAGCCAGGCAGCCUGCGUUCCUACCAGCCAGCCUGUGUUCCUGCCAGCCAGCCUGUGUUCCUGGCACCCAGCCAGCGUUCCUGCCAGCCAGCCCGCCAGCCAGGCAGUGUUCCUGCCAGCCACCCUGCGUUCCUGCUAGCCAGCCUGUUUCCUGCCAGCCAGCCUGUGUUCCUGCCAGCCAGCCAUCGUUACUGCCAGCCAGCCCGCCAGCCAGCCAGUGUUCCUGCCAGACAGCCCGCGUUCCUGUCAGCCAGUCUGCGUUACUCCCAGCCAACCUGUGUUCCUGCUGGCCAGCCUGCGCUCCUGCCAGCUGGCAUGCAUCCCUGCAAGCCAGCCUUUGUUCCUGCCAGCCACCCUGCGUUCCUGCCAGCCAGCCUGUGUUCCUGCCAGACAGACAGCGUUCCUGCCAGCUACCGUUGCUGCCGGCCAGCCACCCAGCCAACCAGUGUUCCUGCCAGCCAGCCUGUGUUCCAGCCAACCAGCCUGCGUUCCUACCAGCCAGCCUGCGUUCAUGCCAGCCUGCCUGUGUUCCUGCCAUCCAGCCAACGUUCCUGCCAGCCAGCCAGCAAGCAAGACAUUGUUCCUGCCAGCCAGCCUGCAUUCCUGCCAGCCAGCCUGCAUUCCUGCCAUCCAGCCUAUGUUCCUGCCAGCCAGCCUGCGUUCCUGCCAGGCAGCCUGAGUUCCUGCCAGCCGGCCUGCGUUCCUGCCACCCAGCCAUCGUUCCUGCCGGCCAGGCAGGCAGCCACUACUGUUCCUGCCAGCCAUCCAGCGUUCAUGUCAGUCAGCGUUACUGCCAGCCAUCCAGACAGCCAGCCAGUGUUCCUGCAUGCAUCCUGUGUUCCUACCAGCCAGCCUGCGUUCCUGCCAGCCAGCCUGUGUUCCUGCCAGACAGCCAGCCAGUGUUCCUACCAGCCAGCCUGCGUUCCUUCCAACCAGCCUGCGUACCCGCCAGGCAACCUGUGUUCCAGCCAGCCAGCCUGCAUUACUACCAGACAGCCUGCGUUCCGGCCAGCCAGCCUGUGUUCCUCCCAGCACCCUGGGUUCCUGCCAGCCUGCCAGCGCUCCUCCCAGCCAGCCAGCGAUCCUGACAGUCAACAUUCCUGCCACCCUGCCAGACAGCCAUGCAUUGUUCCUGGCAGCCAUCCUGCGUUCCUGUCUGCCAACCUGCGUUCAUGUCAGCCUGUCUGCGUUCCUACCACCCAGCCUGCAUUCCUGCAAGCCAGCCUGUACUCCUGCCAGCCAGUCAGCGUUCCUACAAGCCAGUGUUCCUGCUAG